GUGUUUUGUAUUUACAACCAAACUCCCAACAUCCUACAAUUUCAAACUUAAAGCUUUUAUAUGUCUGAAAUGAGAGCAUAAUAUUGUUCCAGAACCUACCACAGUCUGAACAGGAAGUCUCAGUAAGACAGAAAAAGAAAAAAAAGAAAAAGAUGCGCAGACAUUUUGGUGUGUGUGCCCAGCUUUCCGCAGGUUUCCAGUUUCUCCCCAGUCCUUCUUCCUCCUCUUGACCUGCUGCUUGGUCUCCGCAUCCCGGCGGCCUCGGCAUUCAAACGAACAGCCUUCAUUCGCUCCAGCUUUAACGUUGCACAAACCGGUCCUCUGCCUGCAUGUUCGGGGAGCCGGUGUUUCUUUCUCACCGGCUUCCCCUGGUCACCCACAAACGCGAAGCGCUCACACAUGAGAGUUUCAGUUUGGAGACCCCCUGCGUGACUAAGACAGGGAAGCCCAUGCAGGUGUGCCUCGAUGGGGCUCUCAUCUCCUCCCACCAGUGGAACAGAAAUCACCCACAGGAGGCAGAGGAGCGAAAUGCAGAUCUGGUGGGCUCCACUUCAAAACGCCGUGCAGACCACGACCGUACUGCAGGAGGGCUCUGCAAGCGCUCGGCUGCAAUGAUCCCAUUCGACACAGAAAAGAAGAAGGUUACAGCUGGGGCGUGGUUUUCUGAUAUCUCACUGAACUAUCUGCCGUCAGCGUUCAGUAAAUACCAAAGAGACGGCUUCGACGGCUAUCGUUGCCUGGAAAGGUUAAAAAUGGACCAAAAAGUGAUACAGGUUCUGUUGCUUUUACUUCUUUGUCCAAAAAUCAAUUCUGCUGGUGAGCCUAGAACGGUAGAAGAAGGGCAGCCGGUGAAGAUCACAUGUAGGCUUCCUUCGCCGGGGACGAUUGUGCUCUGGUUCAGAGUGGUGGACGACUCAGGCAUGGAAUUCAUUGCGUCUUUUUCCCCUAGUGGUACAUUAAAAAAAUCUGGACCCAACUAUGGCAAGAACCUCGCUGUAGAAAAGCAAAGUAAUGACUUUGUUUUAACGGUGAAGGCCUUCAACAGGAAAAGUGACAGUGGAGUGUACACCUGUGCUGCUCUUGUCUCCGGAAAUCAGCUCUCAUUUGGACAAGUAACUCAACUUCGUGGACCAAUUAUAGCAACAACAAAGCCACCAGUAAUCCAGGUUUCCACCACCAGGCAGACAACAACUCCGACCAGCUGCCAUUGUAACCGUAAGGAUAAGUCAGGUCCUUCCCUGUUUUGUGCUCCGAUCAUCCUGGGCCCACUGGCCGGAGGCUGUGGCCUUCUUCUUCUGCUCCUCAUCAUCACCAUCUUAUACUGCAACAAAAUAAGGACUCGGAGAUGCCCUCACCAUUACAAAAGAAAGCCGAGGAUGAUGGCUCCUGAAAAACAACACUCCGACCGGUACAUCUGAAACGGAUGUAGUGACUUCGUCUGCAGUUUGUCAAAUAUUUCCCUCUUUAUGUUUGCCAGAAAAAAUAAAGAAAUAUUUUUUUAAAACAACAGCUUGUAAAAUGCAAAAUUAAUAAUCUGACAUGUCAGAAGAAAAAAAAAUAUUUUUGUGUGCUAAAAAAUAUUUAGUGACCAAAACGGUUCCCUGUUUUGAGUACAGAGAGCGCUUUGGUUAAUUAUUAAUUAUGCCAAACUUAUUAUUACUAUGGACAUGAAGUUUUUGACCGCGCUGCAGAUUGUCAGAAAACAAUGCGCUGCUGUGUUUGCAUUUUUUUAUCAUGUCAUGUGACAGUAAAUUUGCCCGAUCCUAAUUGUUGCUGAUGUAACUGAAGACGAAACUGAGAAUAUAUUAUGUUUAUACUCCAAACUGACCUUUUUGUAACUGUAUAUAGAUAUUUGUUUCUCCUGUUCUUUGCUCACAUUUACAGUACUUCGAUCUGAGUUUCCUCUUGAACUGAGAUCAAACUUUACCGUCACACUUUAGCUUCCUGUUUGUGCUUCAAGCUUUUAUACAACCACAGUUCGAUUGUUCAGCUGAAAUAUAACAUGCUUCUUGGAUGUGUGUUUUCUUUCAUUUUAAUACAUUAUUUUAGCAGCCAAACUAAUAAUAAUAAUAAAAAAAAAACUAAACCUGAAAUCUUAAUAUUGCAUGGUUUUUUUUUAAGUGUUUGCAUAUUUUUAAAAAAAUCCUCUAUAGGUCAGGACAAACAAGAUUUCUUUCUCUUUCGUUCUUUUAUUAAUAAUUCCAGUCAAACAAAAAUUUUCUCGCGUGCUGCGUUUUUCAUUUUCUUUAUUUGAUAGUAUUUUUCCCCACAGAAAAACUCUUGAGAAUCUGUGAAAUGACAACAUUUGAGACAAAGACAUUCGCUUUAAAACCCACUGGAGUCGAGAGGAAGCGGGCUGCUUCAACAGCACUCAGAAAAACCCACAGGAGAAGAAAAAGCUGCAUUUAAGGAGAUUCUGUUCCUUACAGCUCUAAUGAUGCACAUUACCAUUGGACCAGUUUUGGUUUUUGUUCCUGAUUUGUAUUUAUUUAUUUUUUUGUCACAAGCAUUGUUAGAUGAUGAGGCUUUUCAUGUUGGCUUUAAUUUCACGUUUUGGCACAAAUGAUGCCAAACGUAACGAUUCUAAGGUUUGCAUUUUCUUUUAUUUAAUUUAUUUGGUUAGAAAAAAAAAAAAAAAAGAAG